CGCGUCGGCGGGGGAUGCUGCUCGGCUGACGGGGCCAAGGCAGGGCGCGGGCGGCGCGGCCACAUUGUUGCGUCCCUGCUGAGUUCCGGGCGGCGGCGGGCUAGUCCCCGCCGCGGCUGCAGCUCGACGGGGCUGGGAAGGCAGAGCGCGGCGGUUCUGCUCUUGGGGUCUUCUCAGUGCCCUCUCCGCCUCUCCUGGGUCCCCAAAGGGGCCAGGCAGUCUGUGGAGGAAGGCAUCCUGACUGUUUGAUGGUUCGCCCCCUGAACGGUGUCCUGGCUUUGAGCUUCUCUAACUCGCCCCUGCUGCCUCCCAGCUCGGGAGGGACCAUGAGCCGCUACAGCUUCUCCAACCUGAUGGACUGGAUGUAUGGCGGGGUGGACCCCAGCUUCGAAGGCAACGGGGGCCACGAGUGCGCUGCCUUCCUCCCUUGGGAGCAGCGUCUGCUGGAGAGCCUGGUCUUCACCGCGGUGGGAGUGCUGGAGAUCCUGGUCUCUUUGCGGAAGAUCAGGAGGUCCAUGACCCAGGAAGCUGCUGAGCUCUUGGCUCAGUCCCGAGUCAAGGAGGAAAGUUGGGGCAAAAACCUUUUGCUGGUGACCUUCUGCCUGACCUUUGGACUUGAAGUGGGAUUCAAAUUUGCCACCAGGACGGUCAUCUACUUGUUGAACCCGUGCCACGUGGUUACGAUGAUGCAGAUUUUUCUACUGGCUUGUCCACCUUGCCAUUUCGCCAUGAUUCUAUUCAGGUUGCAAAUGCAUAUGCUGAAUGGGGCCCUUCUUGCUCUCCUGUUUCCUGUGGUUAACACACGCCUGCUACCUUUUGAAUUGGAAAUUUAUUACAUUCAACAUAUCAUGCUCUAUGUUGUCCCAAUCUACCUGCUACGGAAAGGAGGUGUUUACACUCCUGAGCCAUCCUGGAAUUUUUGGUGGGCCUUGCUCUCCAAUGGGUUGAUGUUUGUUUACCACUACACUUUUUUACAGAUCUUGGGACUCAUCACGGAAGUGAACUUGAACAACAUGUUGUGCCCGGCUAUUUCCGACCCUUUCUAUGGCCCUUGGUAUAGAAUCUGGGCAUCGGGACACCAGUCCAUCAUGACCAUGUUCCAUGGAAAACUCAUACUUUUCCUUUUCUAUUAUGCUGCCCGUUUCUUUAAGCUCAGUGUGGAAGUACAAUGCUCUCCGGCUAAGAAAGUAUCCUGAAACUCCAUCCUGGUUCUUCUUUGUUGAAGUAUCUUGAGGAGAGCCUUUAUAUUUGGGGUUGGAGAAGAACACUGCCUAUAUUGUUUUUGAUUCCAUUCUUUUAUUAUGACAUCAGAUUUAUCUUCCCAAUGUUCCAUUGAAUCUUCGUGACCUAUAGGAUGGCGAAGCACGUGGGCGUAUUUACAAAAGAAGCCACAAGUAGACUUCAACUUCUGAUCUUGCCACCUUAGACCUAUGGAGUUUCAGAUGUCCGUCAUAUCAAGGACUGUGGUUGAUGGAAAGCACUAUUCUUUUUGCUCAUGACUUCAGUGACUUUUCCUCCCUUGUGGCAGCUCUUAGGUUUUACCUUCAGCACAGAACCUCUCCUUGUCUCAUGUAGACUUUGAGGGUGAAUAGUAUUGGGUGCUUCUUCACUAUCAGCGUAGACGCGAAGGUUCUUUGUGUGGUUGAAAUUUGGUUAAACAUAUAGGGAACAAUAACAACUACUUGCCAAACACUGCCUUCUGAAACUCCCGAAAGUUUUAGCUGAAGCCUGCUCAGAUGCCAUUAUAUCUGCGGGCACCUCCCAGAUUGUUUCUAUCUAAAUUAGUUGGUGGGGGAAAAAACUUAAUUGCUGGAUUAAGAUUUAGGAGAUGGAUUUGUCUCAGUUAAAGGCACCGACCAAGAAAAUCUGCCAAUUUGGAGUUGGACUCUAUGUCAUAGCUAAGUAUACUUACAUAAAUGUAUUACACAUUGUACAUACAUGUAUUCAAUGUUAUGUCCACACACACAUAUAUAUCAACUACCCCCUUGUAGGAUACUCCAGAAAAAAGCAUAUUCUUCAUCCAUGAUUCACCAUCUAGCACCAUCUAUCACAGGGGUC